AUGCUCGCCCUCCUCCCUACCUCCCUGCCUCCCCUCUUCUCUUCUCUCUCCUCUUUCUUCCCUCCUCUCGCCCUCUUCCUCCCUCACACCUACUACGUUCGGGCCUCAGAGCCAACGGACGCAAGUAGCCGGAGAUCGUCAGACGCCAGCAGCCGACGCUCUUCACAGAGUCGGGCGGCCGCCGAUGGUGAUAAUGAAGUUGACGAAGACGCCGUCGCCGUCAAUACGUUCGUGAACAAUGAUGAGUUCUUUAUCAUCUCCGAGUCAUUUAUCCAGACGAGCCGACGAAGACCCAAUGUGAAGCAAGGCGUCAACACCAGUGAAAAUGCUGAGAAGUUCCGCGAGGAGCAGAGGAUCAGCUCAAGAGCACUUGGGAUCCUGAGGCACUCUAGAGCUCGUGACCUCGAUUCCAUGCGCAACGAGUUCAACACACGUUUACUGGAGCAAGCCAAAUGUCACAUUGGCAAUGACGACGACGAUAUGAUGAUGCCGCAGCGGACUCAGUCAACCUGGACCAAAGUUUCCCAGAAGAUAACGAAGAGAUCCCUGAGUCUGACGCCGAUGCCCAGUUUGCGGCUUGUUGGGGUUGGCCAAGCUGUAGAGGCGUUCCCCGAUGAAAUUGUCGAUGUCCCAGGUAGUGUGUCUGCACUUGAUUAUGCAGCCGCCGCCAAAGCUGCGAUGGAGGUCUGGUUGUCCUUUGGGACUGAUCAAUAUGCCCUCGGCACAAAACCUAAACAGCAGUCUGUCUGCCAGCUGUGCGUCGAUAGAGAUAGCGUGUACGAUGAAGCCAAACGCAAACUAUGGCAGAGUCACCAUCUCAGGCGUCACCAAGACUCUGGCGUUCAUUCGCAGUUCAAGCAAUUCUCGCGCCGCGCUCAACGUCUUGCUCUCGAUAACGGACUUGACAGUGUCGUCUGCGAACUCUUUUCAACUUUGGCUCGUCAUAUCAGAGAUUCAUCCGAACAGAAGUUGGUUGCAACCGAGGCUGAUUGCAACUGGUGGAAAGAUGGCAGCUUUGACACCCACGCUCUAGCUAUCGCCCAUGAUGAGCUGAAGUAUGCCGGCGGCUGGUACGACGACUAA